AACAACAGAUCAUUUUGUCAUGUACGUAUGGCACGAUUGUAUCAAGUUAACUUGAACUCUCAUUUGCAUUGAUAAAACGCAAAAAAGGAGGAACUUUGAAUUGAAAUAAUUUCAGUUAACAGUGAUAUUUGUAAAUACGGAGAAUAAAGACUAAGACUGCCAUUUAAAAUGUUACGAUUUUUGCUAUUUACCAUACUUAUUACAUACGAAAACAAUGCAGUUGAAGCAUACAAACCAGUGGUUUUGAUGCAUGGAAUUAUGACAGGUGCACCCAGUAUGAAUUUGAUUCAACAGGAAAUCAAAAAAGCUCAUCCAGGAACGAUCGUUUAUAAUACGGAUCGAUUUUCGGGUUGGUCGAGUCUGGAAAAUGCCUGGCAUCAAGUCGAAGAGCUUGGAAAUGAUUUGAUCGAGAUUUGUCAGAGACAUCCCGAAGGUGUACAUUUAUUAGGCUACUCACAAGGUGGACUUUUGGCACGUGCCAUUUUAGAAGUGUUUGGAGAGCAUAAUGUUAAGAAUUUUAUUUCAUUGAGCUCACCACAGGCUGGCCAAUUCGGAACGGCAUUUUUACAUUUGAUAUUCCCGGAUUUGGCGGCCAAAACGGCUUAUAAUUUAUUCUAUUCUUAUGCUGGGCAACAUACAUCCGUCGGAAAUUAUUGGAAUGAUCCGCAUCAACAGGCACUUUACUAUAAUUUUAGUUCGUUCUUGCCUUAUAUUAAUAACGAAAUAAAAUCAUAUAAUUCGUCGCUAUUUCGAGAGAACCUUUUGAAAGUUGAGCAAUUGGUUUUAAUUGGUGGUCCAGAUGAUGGUGUUAUAACACCUUGGCAAUCCAGUCAUUUCGGCUACUUCAGCGAAGAUGGACAUGAAGUGAUACCAUUUUACCGGAGAAAAAUCUACACAAAUGACGAUAUCGGUCUGAAGACAUUAUUCAAGGAGGGUCGAUUGAGAGUGCUAACCUAUCCGAAUAUUCAUCACUUUGCUUGGCACAUGAAUGUAUCUGUAAUCAGAGAAUCAAUACUGCCCCAUUUGGAUUAAAUUUUUCUGCUCGUCAAAUUGAAUAAUUGCUCUCUGUGGAAAGAAAAAACAAUUAAAUAACAUAAUGCCAAAAGAAUUGUAAUUUAUGAGGAGAAAUGAGUUUAGACUGUGAAGAUAAUGACGACUGUUGAUUAGAGUUGUUUUUGUUACCAAAAGAUUCCAAAUAUUUUUUUUUAUAUCAA